CGACUUCCCGCGCUGUGUGGCCUCGCGAUAGCCUCGCCUACUGUGCUAAUCAAAGCCCCGCUCGAAGAAGCGGACGCUGACAUCGGUCAUCAUGCGAGGCUUCCACCGGACUCCCUCCGCCGAGUCUCCCAGGAAGACGCUCCUCCACCCGGACUACAACUUCCGAGGCGUCUCGCCAAGCACCGCAUAAAGUCACGGUCAGCGGCCAUUUUUUUUUUUUGGGGGGGCUACAGCAGGUGUGAGUCGAUGGACGACAACUCGGAGCUCCGUCGAAUUAUCGAGAGCGCGUACUUCGGCUCGUCGCGGCGGCAAAGCGCCUCCAUGACGGUCCAAAGUAACAGUGGAAGUGGUGGUGGAAGUUUGGAGGCGACGCCAUCUUGGUCGCAGCUCUCCUCCUCCCCGACCAUUUCUCAACAACAUAUAACGGCCACCGCGAAGAGCAAGGAAGGCCCCAUGGACGAGCUGCACAGCCUGGACCCCCGGAGACAGGAGCUGCUGGAGGCCAGGUUUACAGGAGCUGUCAGUGGCAACACGGGAGGCAGCGCUGGGAGCAUGAGUGGAGGUGCCAAGGGUCUGGCCAACGAGUCCUCCAACCACAGCUAUGGAAGUCUUGGCUCGUCCAGCGACAAGGAGUCCGAGACCCCAGAGAAGAAGCACUCCGAAUCAUCCAGAGGGAGGAAAAGGAAAGCUGACACGUAUUCAGAGAGCAGUCAAGGGAAGACCUCUACCCGAGGGCCUAAGAUCAGCGACUACUUCGACUUUCAGGGGGGGAAUGGCUCCAGUCCAGUCAGAGGCCUGCCGUCAGCUCGCCGCUCCCCACAGAGCUCCCACUCUGCACCAGGCUCAAUUAUCCGACAAAACAGCUCCUCCCCCACCAGCUUGUGUUUUGGGGAACACAAUCCCAAAUCCAGUAAAUGUGUCCAGACGGAGUUAACGGCACUGAAACUUGCUGCUCUGGAGAGCAACAAGAAUCUGGACCUGGAAAAGAAGGAGGGGCGAAUAGAUGACCUUCUCAGGGCUAACUGUGACCUGCGGAGACAGAUCGAUGAACAGCAAAAACUCCUGGAGAAGUACAAGGAGAGACUCAACAAGUGCAUUACUAUGAGCAAGAAGCUUCUCAUAGAGAAGAGCACCCAGGAGAAGCAGUCAUGUCGUGAGAAGAGCAUGCAGGACCGUCUCCGUCUCGGCCACUUCACCACCGUGAGACACGGAGCCUCCUACACGGAGCAGUGGACCGACGGAUAUGCAUUCCAGAACCUGAUCAAGCAACAAGAAGGCAUUAACCAACAGAGAGAGGACAUUGAGCGUCAGAGGAAGCUGCUAGCCAAGAGGAAGCCUCCGAACCCCGCCUCGCCCUCCCUGUCUUUGGCCGCCUCCUCUGAACCCAAGCAGAGAAAGACCAAAGUGGUCAACGGCAAUGAUUCCGACCCCUUCCUGAAGCCCUCGCUGCCCCAGCUACUGACCCUAGCUGAGUACCACGAGCAGGAGGAGAUCUUCAAGCUCCGCCUUGGACAUCUGAAGAAGGAGGAGGCUGAGAUCCAAGCAGAGCUGGAGCGAUUAGAGCGUGUGAGGAAUCUUCAUAUCAGAGAGCUGAAGAGGAUAAACAAUGAGGACAGCUCAGCGUUUAAAGACCAUCCCACUCUGAACGAACGCUACCUUUUACUGCACUUGUUAGGCAGGGGCGGCUUCAGCGAAGUUUACAAGGCCUUUGACCUGUUUGAGCAGCGCUAUGCAGCUGUUAAAAUCCACCAGCUCAACAAGAACUGGAGGGAGGAGAAAAAAGAGAACUACCACAAGCAUGCAUGCAGAGAGUACCGCAUACACAAGCAGCUGGACCAUCCCAGAAUAGUCAAACUGUACGACUAUUUCUCCCUGGAUACUGACACGUUCUACACCGUGCUGGAGUUCUGCGAAGGCAACGACCUGGAUUUCUACCUGAAGCAAAACAAGCUGAUGUCCGAGAAGGAGGCGCGCUCCAUCGUCAUGCAGAUCGUCAGCGCCCUGCGGUACCUCAACGAGAUCAAACCUCCCAUCAUCCACUACGACCUCAAGCCUGGUAAUAUAUUAUUAGUGGAUGGAACUGCGUGCGGGGAAAUCAAAAUCACAGACUUUGGAUUGUCAAAGAUCAUGGAUGAUGAUAACUACGGCGUGGACGGGAUGGACCUCACGUCCCAGGGAGCCGGGACGUACUGGUACCUCCCUCCAGAGUGCUUCGUCGUGGGAAAGGAGCCGCCAAAAAUUUCCAACAAGGUGGAUGUCUGGUCUGUGGGUGUGAUCUUCUUCCAGUGCCUCUAUGGGCGCAAGCCGUUUGGUCACAACCAGUCUCAGCAAGACAUUCUCCAGGAAAACACCAUUCUCAAAGCCACUGAGGUCCAGUUCCCUGCUAAACCCCAGGCCAGCACAGAGGCCAAGGCGUUUAUCCGCCGCUGCCUGGCCUACCGUAAGGAGGACCGCUUCGACGUGCACCAGCUGUGCUCGGACUCCUACCUCCUGCCGCACAUAAGGCGCACAAACUCGUCCAGCGCCCUGCAGCCGGCCGCCUCAUCGCUCGCCUCCUCGCUCACCACCUUCUGAUCGCCUCCCGAGGUACGCCCGACCGACCGACCCAUGCGGCCUCCCUCCUCUGUGGGGCAGGAUGGAGGGAAAUGUGGAUUUUAACGGGAAAAACCAGAGCGCUUCCAGAAAAGGAUGAGUUAGCAGAGAGUGUUAGAGAUCCUGCUUGAACUAUGAACGCUGCAAUAAGAGCAAGAUGGAUGUUCAUUGACUAACUUCCACUUCAUAAGGUAAGUGUGGGAGGACGAUGACUUGGAGAUGCGGAAGAGUAAAAGGAUUCGUGCAUCUCAUUGUCCAAAAAAAAAAAAAUCCAGAUAAACAAUCUGGAGUUGAUUUGCACUUCCCACUCAGAUUGUGACUUUUUUUGUCGUGAAGCCAGAAAAGUUCCUCGGUCCGCAUUUUUACUCGUGUUGUAUGUGUCACCCACUUCCUCGCUAAAGACUCCUCCUCGCUUCUUACUCCCGGAACCUUUUUGCUGCUGCACGUGUUGCCCUAACGUGUCACCCCCUUAUCUUUUGGCCAUCCGCACGCAUUAUUGUUUGGCUUCCAUGUGGAGGGGAACGCUUGUAAACAGAAACAUCAAGUACACGUUUACACUGCACACCACAUCUCAUUUAUUUGCCAGUCUAAACGCUCCAAAGUGUUUCAAAUCUGAUCUUUUGGCAUCAAGAAGUAGUCCUGAAUCUGCUCUUUUCAAAUGGGACUUCAGACUAAACGCAAUGAGACCUGAAUGUGAUUUUUUUUCAGUUAGUCUAGGGCAGGGGUGUCAAAGUCAAGGCACGUGAAUGAAUGAUUUAUGGCCCCCGGGAUGAUAUUUGAUUAGUAUUAGAAGUGGCCCUUGCUGCUGUUUUGCACGUACAAUACUCCAGCAGUGUUGGUGCUAGGAAUUUUCAAAAUGGGGUCGCAUCAAGUCAUAAAAAUGGGGUCCCCCAGUAAAUUGUUGGGAGUCCCACCUUUUUGUAAGCAAAUGAUAAAUGUAUGCAUUAUCCUGUUAAAAGUUAAAGUACCAAUGAUUGUCACACACACACACUAGGUGUGGCGAAAUUAUUGACCCAUCACCCUUGAUCACCCCCUCGGAGGUGAGGGGAGCAGUGAGCAGCAGCAGUGGCCGCGCCCAGGAUUCAUUUUUGGUGAUUUAACCCCCAAUUCCAACCCUUGAUGCUGAGUGCCAAGCAGAGAGGUAAUGGCUCCCAUUUUUAUAGUCUUUGGUAUGACUCGGCCGGGGUUUGAACUCACGACCUACCCAUCUCAGGGCGGGCACUCUAACCACUAGGCCACUGCGUAGGACAUAACUCACAUUCUAUAGUGUGUUCUGGAAAAAGGUUGUCAUAAACGUUAAUUCAUUAAAAAAGAACACAUUUUUAUGCAUAUGUAAAUGUAUUCAGUUAUUCACUUUCUUCUUUACUUCAUGGAUCUUAACUUAAAUUUACUAUAAAUUAUUUUUUUGUAUAUUUUUUAUUGUAAUAUUUUCAGAACGUGUUUGUUUUCUUUGUCUUAUUUUGGCCAAAAAUAGAAAAAUCUGAUGUUUGUUUUUAGUUUUAAUGCCAUGAUUUUAAUAGUCUAGCACAGAUUUUCCUCCAAGCGGCCCCUGAGCUAAACUGAGUUUGACACCCCUUAGUGGGAGCUACGUCACUCGUGUGCGCCGGCCGGAAAAGACGCAGUCGCCACAGGAAGUGAAUCAUUUCAUCACGACGUCUCGGUGAGCAAAGUUUUAUUUAAGAUCACAUUUUCGGUGCGUCACUUGUCACUAGUGCACAAAUAAUAGCCUAUAUGUAAUGUAAAUAUAUAUUUUGGUUCUGAAGAAAUUAUUGAAAGACUGGAAUUGACGCUGUGGCACGUUUGUUUACAAAAAAAGCCACUCCUCUACUUAACAGCCAUAAAAAGAUUAUAACCCUCCCAAAUAUAUCACACUAUAUACAGUAUUUUCAUUGUAGAUUGUCACUGAAGGCAUCAAAACUAUGAAUGAACACAUGUGGAGUUAUGUACUUAACACAAAAAAAAAAGGUGAAAUAACUGAAA